AUAUAUACUAAAUACUACAAUAUAGGCAAAUUCCUCCAUACUAAGGUUUGGGUUUGAAUCUUAGAGUUUUAGUAAAUUAUAGGAACUGUGAAAUAUAUUUGUACUGGCAUACCGCAGAUAUAUGUAAUUUAAAAAUGUAUAAGAAUCAGCUGUUUAUCUUUUCUGCUGUUGUUUUUGCUUGUUCUUAAUUGUAGCAGUUUUCAGAUGAAUGUGUUAAGUAUAAUAUCCAAAAGCCCUUACAAAUAUACAAGGAAAAGAUACUUCAGAAAAAUGGACAAAAGAUAUGAAUAGGCAAUUGACAAAAAGAACAAACCCAAUGUCCACAAUUAUGUGAAAAGAGAAUACUCAAAUUCAUUAGUGGCUCAGGAAAUUUGAAUUAGUAAGAUUAUUUUAUGUCCAUCAUACUUGCAAAAAAUAAUGUGAGAAAAAGUAGAAACAUAAAGUAGUACAGCUUUUAAAGAAGAAAUACAGAAAUGUUUUUUCAAAUUAAAGAUACUAUGUUUUUUAACCCUGUGAUAUUACUUCUGGCAAUUUAUCCAAUAGAAAUAAAAUCAUGAGAACAUAUGUACAAAAUAUGGUAGCAUGGUUUGUAAUUGGUAAAAAUAUGGAACAAAAACAAAUGCUCAUCAGGAUGAGAAUGGCAAUAGAAACUAAGACUUCUCUAUGAUGGAAUAUUAUAUAGUCAUUAAAAAGAAUGCAUUGGUGGUAUACUAUUUGAUUCCGAGAGAUAUUCCUUGUUGAGUAAAAGGUAUGUAUGUCUAUAUAUAAACAGGAAACAAGGGAAACAAGAGGAUAUAUACUAGGUUUUUAACUUAGUUAACUUCUGGAGAGGAAGUGGCAGUGGUGAAAUGGGAGAAAGGGGGAAGAAAGGAUAGCUAAGCAGAAAAGACAAGCCUGUACUCCGAAAAUGUCGCUUGUACAUCUAUGCAAAAUUGUGUGUAUAUGAAUAUUAAGAUAAUUUUUAGUGUACACAGAAGAGGUUAUGCAUCUUUGUGCCUCUUCAUGUAACUCCUCCUCAUUCUUUUCAAUACCUGUGCAGUACUACAUUGUAUUUUGUUCUGUACUUACUUAACCUGUCCUUUAGGGAUAUGAAGACAGUAUGUCCCACUUUAUUCCUAUUGUCCUAUUAUUAAUAGCACCUCCUUUCAUUCAAAAAAUUUCUUAUUUUGGAAGAUAAAGUACAUGGUUUCCUGAUAGUGAUAGAUUAUUAGGCUGUUAACUAACUUUCUGCUCUUCCUAAUAUAUGCUCCAGGAGACUUUUUCAUAUAGAAAUUCUGUCAUACUUUUAUGGAGAUACCCAUAGCGUAAGUUCUUAGAGAGUUGUUGGAAGAAUUUAGUCCAGUUGUUGAGAGACUGGGAUUUGAUGAAAACUUUGUGGAUCUAACAGAGAUGGUUGAGAAGAGACGACAGCAGCUUCAAAGUGGUGAACUUUCAGCACUGACUGUGUGGGGUCAUGUAUAUAAUGACCAGUAUGUAAACCUGCAUGACAUCUUGCACGUCAGACUCCUUAUUGGAUCUCAGAUUGCAGCAGAGAUGCGGGAAGCCAUGUAUAAUCAACUGGGUCUCACUGGCUGUGCUGGAGUGGCUUCUAAUAAAUUAUUGGCAAAAUUAGUUUCUGGUGUUUUUAAACCAAAUCAACAAACAGUCUUACUACCUGAAAGUUCUCAAGUUCUCAUUCAGAGCUUGAACCAUGUAAAGGAAAUGCCUGGUAUUGGCUAUAAAACUACCAAACGUCUUGAAGCUCUGGGUAUCAGAAGUGUGCAUGAUCUCCAAACCUUUUCAUCCAAAAUACUAGAAAAGGAAUUAGGAAUUUCAGUUGCACAGCGUAUUCAGAAGCUCAGUUUUGGAGAGGAUAACUCUCCUGUGACACCCUCAGGACCACCUCAGUCCUUUAGUGAAGAGGAUUCAUUUAAAAAAUGUUCAUCGGAAGUUGAAGCUAAAAAUAAGAUUGAAGAACUACUUGCCAGUCUUUUGAACAGAGUAUGCCAAGAUGGAAGGAAGCCACAUACAAUAAGAUUAAUAAUCCGUCGGUAUUCACCUGAGAAUCACUGUAGCCGUGAAAGUCGUCAGUGCCCUAUUCCAUCGCAUGUAAUUCAGAAGUUAAGGACAGGAAAUUAUGAUGUGAUGACUCCAAUGGUUGAUAUACUUAUGAAACUUUUUCGAAAUAUGGUGAAUGUGAAGAUGCCAUUUCAUCUUACCCUUUUAAGUGUGUGCCUCUGCAACCUUAAAGCAUUAACUACUGCUAAGAAAGGGACUAUUGAUUAUUAUUUAACACCAUCAUUAUCGACAACUUCCCACUCUGGCAAGCGCAGUUUUAAAAUGAAAGACACUCAUGUGGAAGAUUUUUCCAAAGACAAAGAAACAAGUUGGGAUUUUCUACCAUCUGGAAGAAUUGAAAGUACAAGAACUGGGGAAGCUCCAGUAGAUACUACACAUUUUUCUAAAGAAAAAGACACUGAUGAAUUCCCACUCUGGUCACUUUCUGAAGGUAUUGACCAAGAAGUCUUUAAGGAACUUCCAGUAGAUAUUCAAGAAGAAAUCCUUUCUGGAAAAUCUGGAGAAAAACUUGAAGGCAAAGAAAGUUUGAGUUGUCCAUUACAUGCUUCUAGAGGAGUAUUAUCUUUCUUUUCUACAAAACAAAUGAAAGAUAGUCCCUUAAAUCCUAAAGAUCAUUUAUCCAGUAGCAAACAGAUGUCUUCUUCCUGUGAACCAGGAACAUCAGGUUUAAGUAGCAGUAGUUGCUGUUCUCCGUCUAGCCAAAAGGAUUAUUCACAUUAUUUAGACAGUAGAUUAAAAGAUGAGCAAAUGAGUCAAGGACCUAAAGAAUCUCAAGGAUUUCACUUUUCACAUACAAACCCCGCUGUAUCUAUUUUCCAUUCAUUUCCAAAUUUGCAGAGGGAGCAACUUUUCUCCACAAACCACACUACAGAUAGCCAUAAGGAACCACCAGCAACAGUCUCUCAUCAUGAAGGACUUCCAGAAAAUAGAGAGCAAGAUUCUGCUGGUGAGAAAAUUACCUUUCCUUCUGACAUUGAUCCUGAAGUUUUCUAUGAACUACCAGAAGAGGUACAAAAAGAGCUGUUGGCACACUGGAAGAGAACAGGAUCAGAUUUCCACAUUGUACAUAAAUAAGCAUGUUCAGAAAAAGGUCUAGAAAGCAAAGGAAAGGCCAUUGUUCUCAGAUCUAGCAGUUUAUUAAGCUUCUCUAAAUUAAACACUAAUAGAUAUUCAAUAAUGUGGAAAUCUAAUAUAAGAUGUUCCAGAUAAAAGCAAGUGUAGUAAUGGGAAGUAAAUUCUGGCACAAAACAUAAAAAUAUUUAUAACAGAAAUAAUGUAAAAUGACCUUCUUAUUUCUAAAGCUAUUUUAUAUUGCUUUUCAAUAAAAAGAGUAUCAUGGUUA